AUGACUCGGUCGGGAGCCGGUAAUCGUUUUCGAACGCGAAAACUUUCGACGAAGCAGUCUCUGGCUAUCCUCCGAGAGAAUCAGAUCGACUCCGUAGACGAUGAUGCUCAGAGGAAUAUACCUCAGAUAGAAACAGGCGUUGAGCGUGGAGAAGAAAUCGAACAUCAUUUACAAGCUGCAAUAUCAGCCUCUCAAGCUGCAGCCGUUGGUGCAAAAGUCACACAAAUCUUUAUCCCAACCCCCAACACUACAGAGAUAACAGUUACAAACUAUGAGACUCUUUACCCGAAACGCUUUUCCCAACCCGCAAGCUACAUUCGGUUCUCGUCAACCGUCGAGGAUUGUAGUGGAACAGGAUAUUGUAUGUCUGCUGAGGAUGAAAAGUUUUUUGAGAAAAUGAAUGCCACAAAGCGUCCAGGAGGUCAACAAUGUAAGGUUGAAGAAUUCGAGCGUGUUAUGGACCUUUUUGAGUCUAUUGCGCUUGAGAAACAGCCUUACAUGUCCAUCGAUAUGUCUACUGUGAUGCCCUAUGAUGAAAUGGUUGCGCAUUUCGGUGAUGUACUUAGCGGCGAACUAGUGAAGAUUGCGGCUGUGGUAUACUCGCAUUGGAAAGAGCAAAGGGUCGCUCGUGGUGGAAGCUCAAUUAUUCCGACCCUUAAGUUUGAACAGGGGCAAGACAAGGACGACGGGGACCCAUAUGUUUGUUUUCGCCGCCGUGAAGUACGACCAGCUCGCAAGACUCGCCGCACUGAUGCACAAUCGACGGAAAAACUCAAGAAGUUACGACAGGAGUUUGACUCAGCCCGUAAUCUUGUAAGGGAUGUGUUGAAUAGAGAGUGUAUGAGGAAAACCAUUUUCCAGGUUGAAUACGGGAUAUUUGAGAGUAGACGACAAAUUAUUGGUGUCAAAAGAAAGAAUGGUAUUCGGGGUGAUGAUGAAGAUCUUAUCAACCAUAAGCCAAAGAAGAGACCAGUGGACCAGUCAGCACCAUCCACUAUCAGGGUUCCGAUCCGUCACGACGGGAAACCACCGGAGGCAGAACUUCGACAACUUGUGGCAGUUAAGGCCGAGAAGGAAAAACAGAGGGCAGAUAAAUUCCAAGCGCUCAAGAGUUCACGGCGGGUUCCUAAGCACGGUUUCGUUGAUUUAACAGAUAAAGCGUUUUCCGAUUCAACAGUUGUCCCAAAAGGUCCAGAUACGAACUUCUGCGGUGUACAGACCUACUAUCUCCCAAGUCCGCCUCCCUCAUGUGAGGGCAAUGGAACUGGCUUGUUCGACCUCCUAGAAGAACGCUCGGGUUUGACCCCAAUACCAGUACUGCAAGUUUCUUCAAAGUCUCCACCAUCUCGGGAUGUACCAGCCUUCAGACGAAGGCGGGGACGCGGGGGCAGGAUAAUCGUUGAUCGUCGAGGGCAUAGCUUUCCCCGUGACAACGAUCUAGAUGAUAUAAUACUUGACCGCAUGAAGCACAGCGAGGAAGAUGAAGACUACAGCCCAGUAUUCGUGAGGAGCUCGAACAGUGAUUCACACAUUCAAUACCGAGCCCGCAUGCUCUCCCCCCCCCCCGACCCCCCGGUUAAUCCUGCCCAGCACAUGCGUCGACAAAUUAUGCCCUCGCCAGGGGGAAUGCAAUCCGGUACGCCAGCAACAUUCCUAGCUGCCGCCACUGCUCAACAAGUAAUGGGUUUCACGGGCUAUAAGCUCGGUCAGAAUCCAGGGCAACAGCAACCUCAGCAAUCACAGCAGCAACAGCCCAGUGCUUCCAUACUACCGCUGGCUAAUCGAGCACCAGUUCACACUCAAGUGCGGCGAUAACAGUUCGAUCAUUAAAUUUCCAACUCUGUAUCAUUACCGCUGCGUUCUUUCUUUUGCUUCCAUUUCUCCUCUGUUGUGUUUUUUUUGUCUGCGCGUCAUUGUUUGGGUGUUGGUCUUUCCUCUCUUCAUAUAUCCUUUCCCUUCAUCCACCUGUUUUCUUGCUUGCUUCUACUCACUCAUCUAGUGACAUAAGCCUGUUUCCUUGAGGUUGUUGGUUAUAUAUCAUUUCACCUCCUCACUCACUCGGAUUUGUGUCUUUUCCCUUUCCUCAUUCCCGGACAAGCAGUUCCUUUCUCGAUAAAAAAACCCCCCAGAUCAAAUCACGUGUCACAUUCAGAUUCAGGUAGCGGGCGUAGUGUGUGUGCUUUCUUCUUCUUUUUCUUUUUUGCUGAGUUAUCUCAUUUAGUUCUCUCUUUUCUUU